AUGGAACUUGGAAGGAGGAAUACCAAGAAAUACACUUUCAAAUGUCCUGACUUAAUAGAGUUGAAGAAGCUAGGUUCUAUGAUAGUUAGUCCAGAGGAUUUCAGAGCUCAGUAUGGAAGACUUAUGGGUAUCUUAAAGACCAAGGUUGAAGAUGGAGUUUUCAACACACUGUUUGGUUUGCCAGUCUCUAACAAAUUACCAUUCAGUGGUUCAGAGAAGACCCCUACAUUAGCAACUAUUAUAGAAUCACUUCACCUAGAAGCGUCUGUUGUGAAGGACAACUUCACUAAAAAGGGAGGGAGUCUAUGUCUAACCUCUAGAUUCCUGUUGGAGAAAGCCUUUAUCUUUGCAAAAGCAAAUAGUAGAGAUGCCUUUGAAGCCAUUUUUGCUCUACUCAUUUAUGGAAUUGUACUCUUCCCAAACGUUGAUGACUUUGUGGAUGUUAAUGUUGUACGAAUCUUCUUAAUUGGUAACCCAGUACCCAUAUUACUUGGAGAUACCUACCAUUUUAUCCAUCACAGGACUAAGAAAGGUGGUGGAACCAUUCUUUGUUAUGCACCUCUCCUAUAUAAGUGGUUUAUUUCUCACUUGCCCAGAUCCAGGCUCUUCAGGGAGAAUCUGCAGAAGCUCAGAUGGUCUCAGAGGUUCAUGUCCAUUGAUCAAGGGAGUAUACAUUGGUAUGACCCCUCCUAUGAUAUUGGAGUAAUUAUUGACAGUUGUGGUUUCUUUUACCUCAACGACGAAGAGAGUUCCGGUUUGAAGGAUAGAAUCAUACAUGUUUGGCGUAACAUUCACAGAAAAGGAAAAGACCGAUUAGGAAGAAAGAAUUGUGUUGCUUUUGAGCCCUACACCCAAUGGGUUUUUGCUAGAGCUAGUGAGCUUAAUAUGCCAUAUGCUCUUGAGAAGCCCUCAUUUCCUUAUGUUAUAACAUCAUCAUCCACCAUUCCUAUUGAGAAUAGGGAAGAGUUUCAAGAAAUUUUGGAUAGGUUGAAAUUGGAAAGAGACACUUGGGAAGGCAAGUACGAUGUUUUGAAUGAUAAGAAAAUGAAGAUGGAGCAGCAGCUAAAGGAGAAGAAUGAUUUGAUUGAGAUUUUGGAACAAUAA